CGGAGAGGGGGAUCCGACCAGCACAGGCGUCUCCAGGCUGCCUCCGCUAAAGGCAAGCAAAUGAACCCGGGGGGGGCGUCAGGCAGAAUGACGCUGACCCGAGAUGCCAUGGGAGGUGGGGCUUGAGCCGCCCAGCCCCCCCAGAAGGGGCUGGGCGAGUUGGGCAGCAUCCCUGAGCGAGGCACAUGGGCUGUUCCCGGGGAGCGGUGCCGGCCGCUGGUGGAGCUGCCGCUCUCUCUCCCAAGCCUGCCAAAACCAGCGCUUCAAGUUUGGGGCUCUGCUCAAAAGAAACCGAAAGCGGGGUUCCCCUGCCUCUCCGGGCUCUGCACGGGGCGCGCAGCGGGGCCAGCACCGAUGGAUUUGAUUCUAGUCCUUUGGGCUUGCGUGGCCUCCGCGAGAGCAGUUGUCGGAUUUGGAAUGGAUCCCAAUUUACAAAUUGAUAUUAUCACAGAACUGGAUCUUGUGAAUACAACUAUUGGAGUUACGCAAGUGUCAGGACUACAUGCUAGCAAAGCAUUUUUAUUCCAAGAUGUAGAGAGAGAAAUCCAUGCAGCACCUCAUGUGAGCGAGAAGUUAAUUCAACUCUUUCGGAAUAAAAGUGAGUUCACGUUUCUGGCCACUCUGCAACAGAGGGCAUCAACUUCUGGAGUUGUACUGUCCAUCCGAGAGUUGGAGCACAGCUACUUUGAACUGGAGAGCAGCGGCCUGAGGGACGAGAUUAGAUAUCAUUACAGAUUUAAUGGAAAGGCAAGAACAGAGGUAUUUCCAUACCGGAUGGCAGAUGGACAUUGGCACAAGAUCGCACUGUCACUUAGUGCAUCCCACCUUCUGCUUCAUGUCGAUUGCAACAGGAUUUAUGAACGCGUCAUAGAUCCUCCGGAAAUGAAUCUAAUGCCAGGAAGCAGUUUAUGGCUGGGACAGCGGAACAGGAAACAUGGUUUUUUUAAGGGUAUCAUUCAAGAUGUGAAAAUAAUCUUUAUGCCUAAUGGAUAUAUAACACAGUGCCCUAAUCUGAAUCGCACAUGCCCAACCUGCAGUGAUUUCUUAAGUCUGGUGCAAGGAAUCAUGGAUUUACAAGAGCUCCUGGCAAAAAUGACUACAAAACUAAAUUAUGCAGAAACGAGGCUUAGUCAAUUGGAAAACUGUCAUUGUGAGAAGACUUGUCAAGUAAAUGGAGUGAUCUAUCGAGACAAAGACUCAUGGGUAGAAGAUGAUCACUGCAGGAAUUGCACAUGCAAAAGUGGAGUAGUGGAGUGCCGAAGGAUGUCCUGUCCCCCUCUGAACUGUUCUCCUGACACCCUCCCAGUGCAUAUGGAAGGCCAGUGCUGCAAAGUAUGCAAGUCUACGUGUAUCUUUGGAGGCAGAGUGUUAGCAGAAGGUCAGAGGAUUUUAACCAAGAACUGCAGGGAAUGCCGAAAUGGAGUUUUAGUAAAAGUAACCGAGACCUGUCCUCCAUUGAACUGCUCAGAAAAAGAUCACAUUCUUCCAGAGAACCAGUGCUGCAGCGUUUGCAGAGGUCAUAACUUUUGUGUAGAAGGCCACAGAUGUGGUGAAAAUUCAGAGUGCAAAAAUUGGAACACAAAAGCUACUUGUGAAUGCAAGAAUGGUUAUAUCUCUGUCCAAGGGGACUCUGCAUAUUGUGAAGAUAUUGAUGAGUGCGCUGCUAAGAUGCAUUAUUGUCAUGCCAAUACAGUGUGUGUUAACCUGCCUGGAUCAUAUCGUUGUGACUGUGUCCCAGGAUACAUCCGUGUGGAUGAUUUUUCAUGUACAGAGCAUGAUGAAUGUGGCAGCGGACAGCACAACUGUGAUGAGAAUGCAAUCUGUACUAACACUGUCAGAGGACAUAGCUGCACCUGCAAACCUGGAUAUGUGGGGAAUGGGACCAUCUGUCGAGCAUUCUGUGAAGAGGGAUGCAGAUACGGUGGGACGUGUGUGACCCCUAACAAGUGUGCCUGCCCUUCUGGAUUCACAGGGAGUCAUUGUGAGAAAGAUAUUGAUGAGUGUGCAGAGGGGAUCAUUGAGUGUCACAACCAUUCACGCUGUGUUAACCUCCCAGGGUGGUACCACUGUGAGUGCAGAAGCGGUUUCCAUGACAAUGGAACCUACUCACUUUCCGGGGAAUCCUGUAUUGAUAUCGAUGAAUGUGCCUUAAGGACCCACACCUGUUGGAACGAUUCAGUUUGUGUGAACUUGGCGGGAGGUUUUGAUUGUCUGUGUCCCUCAGGACCAUCUUGCACUGGUGACUGUCCACACGAAGGUGGCUUGAAGCGGAAUGGUCAGGUGUGGACGCUGAAGGAAGAUAGAUGCUCUGUUUGUUCCUGUAAGAACGGGAAGAUAUUCUGCCGGCGAACAGCUUGCGAUUGUCAGAACCCUGGCAUUGAUCUCUUUUGCUGCCCAGAGUGUGACACAAGAGUGACCAGUCAAUGUUUAGACCAAAAUGGUCAUAAGCUGUAUCGUAGUGGGGACAACUGGACCUACAGCUGUCAGCAGUGCCGCUGUCUGGAAGGGGAAGUAGAUUGUUGGCCUCUUUUAUGCCCAAAUCCAAACUGUGAGUACACAGCAAUCUCAGAAGGAGAGUGUUGCCCCCGUUGUGUCAGUGAUCCCUGUCUGGCUGAUCAGAUCACUUACAAUAUCAGAAAAACCUGUGUAGAUGGAUAUGGAAUCACAAGACUCAGUGGCUCUGUAUGGACAAUGGUUGGAUCUCCUUGUACAACUUGCAAAUGCAAGAAUGGGAAUGUCUGCUGUUCUGUGGAUUUAGACUGUCUUCACAAUAACAAGCAUUAAGAUUGGACUCUUCUCUGUGAGGAAAACUGAUGCAGUUAACAUCUAAAAUGAAGUUGUAAGAGUGGGUGUUUUAUACAACAGACAAUUACCAAAGUCUCCACCUGAGGAAGAUGUUUGGGAGUUGCCUUUGGGACCUACCACUAUGCUAGCCUUGUCUGGGUGACUUUACAGUACAAAGCAUAUGUCUAUGGUUGUUAAAAAAAAAAAAAAAAAAAAAAUUUCAGUGUUGUAAAUUAUACACUUUUCCUGUCAGAUCACUUACAAAUACCUUUAAAUUAUUUCAUGGGUAAACUAAUGAUGUAAUUUUGGUUUAAUUUGUGUAUUGACAUGAUUGAAACUCAAGAUUAUUUUACUUUGGAUCUAGAUUCUACAACUAAGGCUGCCUGUUGUGAUUUUGUCCCAUAAUACUGCAUACUUAGGUCUGAGGUUCCUGUCAGCUGUAUUUAUGAAAAUAGUGUAUGUAUGUACAGUCAAAUUGCACAAUACUUAUAUUUCAUAGCUGUCAAACAUUGUGAAACAUUACAAAGUACAUUUGACUUGUACAGGCUGGAAGUAAUCAAACCUAAGUCUACCUUUAAAAAAAAAAAAAAUAAAAACCCCAAAACAAACAAACGCAUUUUCUUUUCCAAACAUUAGUAGCAGAAUUCCUGUAUCAAGCAGUAAAGCACAUAUCCAAUGCCCUUUCAACACCCAUUCAGGAAACAAUGCCCCUUAUUGAUAUCAGAUUUAGCAGUGUGGUCUAGUUUGCAAGUGAUGCUACAAAUAGUGGAUGUAGGUGGCAUUCAUAUGGACUGUGAAGCAAUCAAAGGGCUUUAAACCUAUAUAUUUUGAAUGGGGGGGCCCUAAGUUUGCUCUCAGUGGGUAAGUCUAUGCUGCAGUUGAACACGCACUGCUGGUCUGUGGUAGCUGACUUGGGGGGACUUAAGCUACUGGGUUGUGGGACCCUCCCCAGUUUAUGGGAUCCUAGAGCUCAAGCUCCAGCCCAAGCCUGAACAUCUACAUUGCAGUUUUGCAGCCUGAGCCAGCUGACACAGGCCAGCCAUGGAUGUUUAAUUGCUGGGUAGACAUACCAAGCUCCACCAGUGUAGAUAAGUUCACCAUCUUCUCCUGAUGUACUUACUUUCCAAAAAUGAAAUCUACCACUCAUAACAGGCUGAACCAUUGUAGAGAUGACAAGAAAUGGUGUAAAUGACAAUUACAUUCAGCCUGAAUUUCAGCAUACGAUGCAGCGUGCUAGCCCUGGGAGAUUGGCGACAUUCUAUGCUACAAUUUUCAUUACAUGUAGCGUAUUCAAGAAGCAAUCUGGCCCCUUUUUAUACUCUGAUAUUCAAAAGAACUUAAAUCUAUUAAGUUAACCAUGCAUAAAAAGCAUUUUAAAACCCCAAACCUAGGCAGAAAUCCUAAUUAAAAUUCUAACCCUACACAAAAGGUUAGAUUUUUGGAUGUCAUCAAAGGAAGAUCUCUCUCUCUUUGUUUUCAUGAGGUUAGAAAGUUUGGAACAAAAAUCUUUUUCAAAUCUGAUGGCAUAUACAACUUAAAUGCCACAUUUUCAAUGUGCUGUUGUACGCUGUUCUGCUUAUUUGUAUAGUGUUCUUUGCCUUCCCAACCCGUUUUUCUUUAAUUAACUAAACAGCAAGCGUUUGGAAAAACAUUGCAGAUAUAAGCAGAAUGUCUAUACUUUGGAAAAGUAUACAUUUGUGAGUUUUUCAUAGCUUUAUGCAGAAAAUGUGAAAUUGAUUUUUAAGAAUGGUGUAUGACUGUAUAUAAUGGAAGAAUAUUAGAAUAUUCCUUUAAAUAAUGUACUUCCAUGUUUCUCCUAAGGGGUUUUGCAAAAAUGCUAUAAAAAUUACUUGCAUAUUCAUUUAGCUAUUUUUAGUCCACUCUUCAUUAUUAGUAUUGAUAAUUUACUUGGAAGGUUUGUUCAUGACUGGGAUCCAGCCUAAACAUACAGUCAUUAUUUUCUUUAAAUGUCCGGUUGUUUUCAGCUUCCCAUCUGUUGAUUACAUUUGCAUUGUUUUAAUGAUUGUAUUAUACGGGAAACAGUUGUGUUUUAUAUGAUACUCAAAGGAUGUUUGUAAAUCAUACCGUCAGUUCAUUUUGUAAAUCACAUUGUAACCCAAUGAUAAUUCAAUUGGAGGAGACUGUCAGUGGGCUGGCAUACAAAGGGAAUGAUUUAAAACUUGUGGGCCUCUAAAUAAACUCCUAUGUACAGAU